AUCCCCAGCGCUAAUGGCUAGUCCUCCUUACGUUGGCCAGAGACAAGCCACUUUAACUUUGUUCCAAGGGUGGCAAGGGCGAUCUUCUCUUUGGUUUGUGCACUAGUCCCAUUUUCUAUAGAAAGCACGCUUUACUAGGCAUUAGCACACAAGUGUGGGCGGGACGAGACAGUCCCGGGCGGCGGCAUGCCUCAAUAAAGGACGUCUUUGCCGCCCGCGUUUUUCGCGUUCUCAACGUAGCCACCCAACCCAUUUCUUCUGAUUGUAAUUCAUUUCAUUAGACUCAUCUCCAUUACAGACAUUUCCAUUUAUCAGUUGCUUUAUUAUACACUGUCAAAAUGGUCUGCGCAAAGACUGUGUUCAAAGCCGUUGCCUUUGUCAAUGGUACGAUCAAUGGUACCAUUUUCUUCGAACAGCACGGCGAAGAUGCUCCUGUUAAGGUCUUUGGCGACAUCGACGGCUUAAGCGCUGGAAAGCAUGGCUUCCAUGUACACCAAUAUGGCGAUCUCAGCGGAGGUUGUCUAUCUGCUGGGCCACACUUUAACCCUUUUAACAAAACUCACGGCGCCCCAGACGACGAAACGCGCCAUGUCGGUGAUCUCGGCAAUAUCAUUGCCAACGAUAAAGGUCGCGCCACACUUGACAUAAAGGAUGAACUUAUCCAAUUAACUGGCGACUUGAAUAUUGUUGGGCGCGCCAUUGUUAUUCACCAGGGCGUAGAUGAUCUGGGCAAAGGUGGAAACGAGGAGUCCACAAAGACUGGAAACGCAGGUGCCCGCCUUGGCUGUGCAAUCAUUGGUAUUGCCAAGUAGGCUUUACACCCUUGUUUGCAACUUUAUUUUGUUUCUUGUUACAAUGUUGCGGCGCUUGCUGUGGCAGUGCUCUGGAGUUGAAAAGAAGGUGGGAGUUGGUUGGGCUAUUGAGCUAAUAAUGUACAUAUUUAUAUAUGCUAGAGAUAUUUGACUUUUAUGGUAGUUCUUGUGGCAUUCCCAUUGCCACGUAAUUUUACUUCGUUGAUAUAUCUGGUUAACAACAUAGACUUAUGCGACUAGAACUUGAAAGCUGGCGGAACCAGGACAACAGAUACCAAUGUACCAACGUAGGACAUGUCGUGCAGGAAAAUCUUCAUGUGUUUUCUAAUAUAAAGGCAUAAUUACCAUGUUUGCGUAAUCCACGUUUGACCUGUGUGUUUCGAUGCGCUCCCAAGAUGUGCCAAACAGUCUGUCCCAAACUCGUGUUUGUUUGCCAUAAUUGCCACUAGACCUAUACCCCUUACGAUGGUGAAGGUCAUGAUCCUCAUGCGGGAGAUCUGCACCCAUGGCUUCGAGAAUCACAUGAAAUGGGUUUGGUGCACAAGCGUGUAGUCGGAUGCCAGAGUGGCCCCAGAUCUCCCCGUAGAGGAUAUACAUGUUACACGUGUACCAUUCACAGAAAGACAGUGGAAGGCCCAUAAAGUACAGUGUGGCAAAUGUAAGCAAAGGAACAAUAAAUAUGUCGAAUAUUUCUUGUUCCAGGUCGGCAUAGCCUGUCAUGAGCAUGGUGGGGUGCUUCGCGAGAUGGUGUGUACGAUGAUACUUCCACAGCCACGAGAUAUCAUGCAUCGACCUGUGGUACGUAUAAUACCACAUGUCAAGCAUAAUAGAAUAUGUUCCAAGCUUGACAAGCGCCAUUAGAAAUCGAUUUGUAUCCGUCAAUAGAAUGAUGGGAUCGUCAGCAACGUUGUAAGUUAAGAGGACUGCGAUGGCAAGUCGAAAAUCCAGAGUUUUGAACGCCGACAGUGCAACUUUCGCUACACCAACAUCUGGGAUAUCAGCUCGCUCGGGAACAACUUCGCUAUCGAAAAAUCCGUAGCUGUGGACUAAACGACGAAGGCUGUGUACAAGCGCUAGGAGCAUAGUGUGCAUGCCGGCUGUGUACAGGAAGAACGCGGCCAGUGGAUGAAGAGUCCAGCCCGUAGCCUUCGUGUAAAGCUCAUGCAGAAUCAUGGGGAGAGCAGCAUAUACCCAAAUAAAUAUCUGCGAGGAUCGUUGUGAUAGAUGAGGUAUGUUUGUGCUCUUCUUGAACACCGGGAUACUUUUGUUGGGGUCUUUUGGGUGUGCGUUGACGAGUUCGAAUCCCCAGUGUGCCCAGGACCAACUUUUGCGAUCCCCGG